AUGCGUCCUCUCCCUCAACCUCCUUGGAUGCGCAACUAUCGCAGGAAAGUUCCCAGUAUCAUCGCCAGUAUCCGAAAUCUCCCUGAAGGAGUGACACCAACUCUUGAGAGCAUCCCGCAAAUCGAUGAAUCUUUGAAGGCAACCGAGCCGUUUUCUCCCUUUUCUUCCCUUAUUCGCGACAUGCAAGAAACUGAGUUCGAGCGUUGGGGGCCGCACCUUGAAUGGGUUAUCAAGGAAGAUUGCGAAACUCUCAGUAAUGCGUCGAAGGAGCAGGUACGCGAUCGGUUUUCUCAGUGGGCUUCCAAGCGGUCUAUUGAAAGAGAUGGUACUGGAGCAGAGGAUCCAUUAGCAGAACUUCUCCCCGGAUACCGAUAUUGUAUCUAUGUUGACGAGAAAUGUCUCGACACCGUGGACCAAUACGCCGCCUGGUCGAGGCGGGCGCUGAAGGUCAUGAAAGGGUUGUCGUCUGUGUCGUGCUGGAUGGGAAAUGCGAACCCGGAGGCCGAGGUAGAAAUGGAUAUCCCUCUAUCGAAGGGUGUACCAAGGAACACACAGGCUGGAUUUGCACAGGCGUAG